UCAUGUGAUCACCUGUGUCCAAUCACAGCUGAUCACUGAUCAUCAGGGCACUGAUGAUUAGUGCCCCGAUAAUCAGUGUAGCCCCAUCAAUGCCACACACCAGUGCCCAACAAUUCCACAUAUCAUUGCCUACCAGUGCCCAUCAGAGCUGCCAGUCAGUGCCACCUAUCAGUGCCAGUCAGUGCCGCCUAAAAUUUCCAAUCAGUGCCACCUAACAGUGUCAGUCAGUGCUGCCUAUCAGUUCCAUAUAUGAGUG